UUUGAGUGAGAUUCUUAAUCCUGAGUUCUAGUUUGAUUGCACUGUGGUCUGAGAGAUAGUUUGUUAUAAUCUCUGUUCUUUUACUAGUUUGUCUUUUAAGUUGUUUUUGAAAUUACAGAACAUUUAUGGAUUUUUACUGGUUACAAAGCUCUUUUGAUACUCACCACAACACUGUGAGAGAGGUGUUAUUUUUGUUGUUGAUUCGGAUGCUGCUGUUGCUAUCCUUAUUUUUAUUGGGCUCCUCCUCAUAGUCUUCACUUGCGGAUGUGGAAACUGAGGCUUUCAGAACUUACAGGUCCAGCGUCAAAAAGUGGCAGAACCAAUUCUCAGACCUGUGUGCUGUACUCUUUUAAGAGGCAAGAGGGCACCGCACAGCCUGGAUGUUAGGUAUAGUCUCUGGUGUGCUGAAGAUGGCUCAUGUCACCUUGUGAGGGUCAACUGCUAAAUUUCCAGAAAUUUUUUGAGCCAGUUGUUAACCGCAGAUAUUAUUAAAUGUUGUAUUAUAUAUUUAACUUACAAAUAAAUAAAUUACAUUAAAAACAAUAGUAAUAAAUACUCAAAACUCAUUACUUCCUAAUUAUUUACUAAAUCUUACUAUUGUGUGUGUACUUGAAGUUGUUUGCAUCCAUGGCAACUAUAUGAUGGAAAUCCUGCAUAGUGGUAUGCUGCUAUAUAUUUGUGUUUCUCUUUCCAACCCUGUGUUCAGUGAUGUCACAUUAGUAAUUUGAAAUCUGACAUAGUAGGACUUUUUACACAAUAGAAAUCUGCUACAAAUUAGGGCUUGAAUUACUGUCUUAUUUAUUGUCUAGGCCAAAGAAAGUGAUGGAGAAAACAAUAAUGCAGAUUAAACUCAAAAGUGUAUGUUAUCUGUAACAGUUGAACAAGAAAAAAACUAAGAAAAUGUUUCAGUAUUUGAAAAGUAUUAUUUUAUUCAGCUACAAAGUUGCUUAUAUCAUUGACAAACAAAUGAAGUUUCAAUGCACAUCCACCUUUUUCUUUGUUUCACUAUUGUCUUACUUGUUCAAGAAGAGGAAAAUGCCAACCAACAUUCUUGUUGGAACUACACUCGUUCAUCAAUUACAACCAUAGAUUGGCUAAGGAUAUAAGAAUUUGGCCAAAAAUCAAUGAAAGCAAUCUGUAUGAGUCAGUUUGCUAUAUAGAAUUUAUAAUAGAGAAUAUUGUGUAUUUUAUUAUUAUUUGAAAAUUUUAUACCAUACGUUCUUUAUCAAUAACAUUUCUGAUAAACUUACGUAUGUAUAUGUGUACAAUACACUUUUUUCCCCAGAGAGACAGUUAUUAAAUACUUUUUGGCAGACUGCUGGGUACCAUCUUUCUCCUUCAUUUCUUCCACUUUCCUAGGCCAAUUAGGUACUAAGCUCUUUGAUUCUGCUCUUAAUAUUUCUUAGACUUCUUCACUUUGCAUUCUCAUUGCUGGUACUUGAGAGCCUUAUCUCUCAUUGGUGUCAUAGUAAGUUUCCUAGUAGAUCUCAGCCUCCAAGCUUGUUUUCCUGCCAUUAUUCACACAGCAAUCAGAGUGAUUUUCCUAACAUGAAAGUGUGAUCAUGUCACAACCCUGCUUAAAAUUGUUCAGUGGCUCCCGUUGCUUUCAAGAUAAAGUUUAAACUCUUUAACAUGGCAUAAAAGAAACCACUGUUUAUCCUCUGCUCCUGCACUUCCAACUUCCAUAUCACAGUCUGAGCUGGGUGCCCUCUGUGUAGGUCUCUUUUAUAGAUGUUAUCACACUAUAUUGCUCUUGCUGUUUUUGGCCUAAUAUUUUGUUAUGAAAAUUGUCAAACAUACAGAAAAGUUAACAGAAUUAUACAGCAAACCCAUUACCUGCCACCUAGAUUUCACAAUUGUAUUUGCAAUGAACAUAUUUGCUCUAUUGCAUAAUCUACGCAUCUACCCAUUCUUCUACCCGUCUCUUUUCUUCUCUUUUUCUUUCUUUUUUUAGAUGGGAUCUCACUCUGUGGCCAGGCCGGAGUGCAGUGGUGCCAUCUCAGCACACUGGUUCAAGCAAUUCUCCUGCCUCAGCCUCCUGAGUGGCUGGGAUUACAGGCAUGCACCACCACGCCCAGCUAAUUUUUGUAUUUUUAGUAGAGACGGGGUUUCACUAUGUUGGCCAGGAUGGCCUUGAUCUCCUGACCUCGUGAUCCGCCCGCCUCGCCCUCCCAAAGUGCUGGGAUUACAGGCGUGAGCCACCGCACCCAGCCCCAUCUUCUUUCUUUAUGGUGCAUUUCAAAGUAAGUUGCAGACACUGGUACAUUUUGUGCCCAAACCCUGCAGCAUGGUAUUGUCAACUAGAGUUAGAUAUGUGAUUACUUAAUUUUUUUUUUUUUUUUUUUGGUGAAACUUGCCAUUGCUCUUUACUUGCUUAUUUUCUUCACUGGGUUGAAGUGACUGCAUCUAUCUGUUUUCUAUCCAGUGCCUCACAUAUAGUAGAAACUAAGUUAAUGUUAGUUAAGUGAAUGAGUUAUGGAUUUCAUCAGAUGUUACUUAGAGAGCUUCUUGAUCCUAUAUAAGAGUAGUUUUAUCACUCUUUGGUUCGUCUCCUCAUUCUUCUGCCCAAAAAAGCUGUAGAAAGCAACUUAUAUUCCACCCGUUCAGCAUCACAGACGAUUAAAAUUUUUCAUCUGUUAACAAUAGUUGACAAACUCUCACACUGUGUCUUUCUACAAAGUCCCACAAGGUGGUGCCCAAAUAUCUUUUUUCAAACAACACUUCCUGAAGACCCAUGCAGAGUCCUGAUUAAAUUGUGUUAGUAUUUGGCAUUUCUGAAUUUGGUCAAUUAGAAUAACAGAAAAUAUAUAAUUAAGUAAAAGUUACUCAACAUUAAAUAACAUUAUAUAUGUGAUUUCAAAAUCUAUAGUUCUGGAUAUAAACAAUGAAUAAUGAUAAUAGGUACUUUAUUUCUGUGUAGAAUUUAGUAUUAUUAAAAGGUUGUUCAUAUCCCCAGAUAGGAAAAAAAAAAUUCACCUCAAGUCCCCUUUUCUAUAAAUUUUGUCCAUGAAUAAUUUACCCUUAGUAUAGAAUUUAUAAGGGCAGAAGGAGAAACAAACUGUUGUGCAGGAGGAACUAUAUAAUUUAGAUGCAAUGAAAAAAACAGAUGACCCUAUUACCUUAACUGGGAACAAUGUUGUGUAAACCAGCAUUGUAAUGGCUUAAUAUAACAUGGGAUAAUAAGUUACUUAAUGCUCUUAAAACACUUUUAUUCCGGAAAUUUAGAAGAGUUAUUUUAAAACUUUUUUGGAUAUUCUUAUUAAAUCUCAAUACACUGACCAGAAAACCCAAGUAGGUAUUGUGUUUCUACAACUUAAUAUUCAUGCAAAUGUUGAUAUCUACCUAUAUUACUGGCUAUGUUUUGAUUAGGGAUCAAAAACAUGGGCUGUCAGUUACUGAAGUAGCUGUAACAAUCCCCAGCUACUCGGAUAAACCUGUCCAAACCUGGAGGAGAAAGUUUUUCAACCCAGGGUUCGAAGAGGUGGUGUUCAUUGCCUUUAAUGGCCCAGGCACUAAGAUUUACACAGUGAGACGUGAGACUCUUUAAUGUGCUGGAACUUAGCCCAUGAUGAUUUGUUCUGAGCCAUUUGCCACUAAAGUUAAAUCCUUAUAAAUAUAAAUUAUUAGCCAUACAGCCUCCUUUUUCUCCUGCUCAAGCACACGCCUGGAUAGCGCAAAGGCCUAAAAAUUUUCUAGGGCAUUUAGAGAUAAUGAAAGAUGGCCACUUUGAUGCACAAAGACCUAAAUUUUAGUCCCUCACUGAUUAAUGAUUUGACCUUUGGGUGGGUCUUAAUAUCUGUCCUCUAUUUUAUCAACUGUGAAAUGGCAGAAUUAAAUAAAAGUGCUUUCUAAGUUUCCUUCCAGUUCAGAGAUUUAACACUAUUGUUUGUCCCCAAUACAAGAAAAGUUUAAAUACCAAUCAGUGGUUAUCAAAUAAUUCACCAAGAUCUAGAAUAACACUGUCUAAUAUCUGAAAGUAAAAUGAACUAAGUGAAAAAUAGAAAUAUUUUUCCAUUUAAAGCAGAGUUUAGUCAAGGUAUAAAUAGAUCUGAUCUUUCUCUAUCUGUAGGCUCUGCAUGAAAAAGUUAAAACUGCUCUAUCCAUUGACCAAAGAAAAUAAUUAAAGAAAAAUAUUGAACAUUCAAACCUAUGAUAGGACUAGAUCAAUCUACUUUCAGAUAUUUCUUAGAAAAAAAAUUGUAAAACUUUCCAGAUGGCACCUUGAUUUAUUUUUGGUCUAAAAGAAUUGCAUUUAGUCAGGAAUAAACAACAUGGAAAGAAGAAAUAUUAAUAUUGAAAAAACAUUUUAGAGAAAGAGAUUAAUAGUCAUAAGAUUGGUAUAAUGGGAAUUUAGCCUGUCACUGUAGCCUAUGAGGCACUGUGUGUUGCAAAUGUGACACAAUUAUUCAAGCUGGGGAUUGAAUGGCAAAUAAUGAAGCAAGAGAUCUUAGGGAGUAAACGAUAUAAAAGAUAAUUGAGUCCGUGUUGCUGUACCCCGAAACUGCUCUAAACCAUAAAGUUUAUUAAAUAAUAGUAACAAUUGAAAAAUAGUAGAGGGAAUGUGGAAGGAUCAACUCAAUCAGAAUUUGGUGAGGGAAUAGGGACUGAAGUCACACUGUUCCACAUUUAAGCAAUGCCACAUCCUGUAUUUUAUUACCAAUGAUAAUUUUUAUUUUCUUAUUGUCUUUGAAUGCUUUCAAUCUUUCCCUUUGUUGACAAAUAAGACCAAUACAGUUUUGGUGUUUGCCGUGGUUUGCAUAUUUGCCCCCUCCAAACCUCGUGUUGAAAUUUCAUCCCCACUGUUGGAAGUGGGGCCUGAUGGGAAACGUUUGGGUCAUGUGGGUGGAUCCCUUAUGAAUGACUUAAUGCCAUCCUUGCGGUAAUGAGUGUGUUCUCUCUGUAUUAGUUCCUGGGGGAGCUGAUUGUUUAAAAGAGUCUGACACCUCUCUCCCUGCUCUCUUGCUCCCUCUCUUACCAUAUGAUCUGCACACGCUGGUCCCCUUUCACCUUUUGCCAUGAGUAGAAGCAGUCAGUGGUCCUCACCAGAAGCAGAUGCUGGUGUCAUGCUUCUUGCAUAGACUGCAGAAUUGUAAGCCAAAUAAACCUCUUUUCUUUAUAGAUUACUCAGCCUUAGGUAUUCCUUUAUAGCAACACAAAAUGGACUAAGACAGUAUUCCUCUAAUUACUGAUGAAGGAGUUGAGAGAAUGCCUAGGUCAUAUUCUGGGUCCAAGGAUAAUGAAUCCCAGAAAUUUCAGAGCUUUGGGGCAGGUGUUAGAAAUUCUACUAUAUCAAGCUUUUCUACUGACAAAAAGAAGAAAGAGAAAGAAAGAAAGAGAAAAAAAGAAAAAAGAAAGAAAGAAAGGAAAGGAUCUUCAAGAACAAAUUUCUUCAAAUCAGGUACGAAGGUCAUUAAUUUCUUCCUUGUUAGUUGGUAAUUUUUUUUUUCUACUCUAGAUCAGCAGUGUGGGAGGUGGCUAAAAUAGGGAGAAACUUGUGAAACUAUACUAUGCCUUAAUCUUUGUCAAAAUAUAUAACUUUGAUUUGUUACCAGCCUUUUUUUGUGUGUAUUUCUAUGACUUCAUGCAGAUACAAUUCUCUGAAAUAUGUAAGUCCUAGCAGACUUGUCUCUUUUUAAAUGAUUCUAGGACCCCAAAAUAUCAUCACCACUAAAAUUAAGAUGUUGGCACUGGUACUAGAAUCAAUAAACACAAUGCAGAUGCUACUAUGGUAGCAUAUUAAAAGAAUUUGAAAAAGUUGAAAAAAGAUUUUCAUCUAGCAGAGCUUUGGAGAAGAGCAAUUUAUUGUAUCACAGACCUCAAGUGACUGAUAAACACUAAAAAUUACUUCUAAUAAUCAUUUAUUUCACGAAUAUGACUGCUUACUCUGGGCUAUUUAUAGUAGUAACAAUGAAAAUAGUGUGCUAUAUUUCUUCCAUAAAGACUUUUACUACAAAAUAACUAUCAGAAGGGCAUGGGCUCCACGUUGCCUUUUUCUAGUCAUUAUGGUUAUCCAUGCUCUCUUAUUUGUUCUGGUGUAAGUCCAAUAGCAUACUAAUUCAAGACCAUCUGUUGGGAUUAAGAUUGUGGUGCAUUGUUUCUCUGGGUGCAAAACUAGUUGUCUUUUAUACAUUGAUGAAACUGAAGAUUUUAUUUUGCAUAAUCUUCCCAAUUAAUUUAGUGCUGAUUUUCACGCUUGAGAAUGAGAGGUGGCAAAUCUUUGGUUUGAGUUACCCUAUUUAAUGUUGGAGAAUGAAAGGGAAUGGAUGACUAAGUUGGACUCCAACCUCCCACCAACUUUAAUCAAAACAGCUCCAAGGCAGGAGGGCUUUAGUCCAUUUCCCCCAUCUAGGAAUCACCUGUUUGCUUCUUAGUGGCAUUAUUAUUCUGCAUGUUUUUAACCUGCCUCAGCAAAAAGAGAGUUGACCUGAAAAGAUGCUACUUCCUUGUCUCUUGAUUCUCAUCUUACAAAAGUAAAAAGUGUGACUAACACCCAUAGGCUAUCAGGUAAAUAUAUGGUUGUUCCCUAGGAAAUUCCGUUGUUAUUUCUGCGUUAUACCCACCGUUUCUUCUUUCUGUUACCAAAGGCUCACAAAACUUCCUCAGUUCCUCGAAACCUGUUUUGUGAGGAGGAGACAGUGAAAACACAGACAUUCGCAUAGAUACUGAAUGAUGCAGUAGUUGUUAUAAGUGAGGCUCACAGGUCUUAUAAGCCUGAGUUAAAAGUUCAUUUUGCCAUUCUCUGGUUUUAGUAUGACAGUGGACAAGUUACUGAACCUCUCUCUGCCUCCAUCUUGGAAAAAUUCGAAUUCUUACAACAUCUACUAAGUACAAGGGGUCCUGGAAUAAUAUUUUGUUCAAUGUCAUUUUGUUAUAACAUUGAUGAGAAAAAAAAUUCAAUUCCUGGGCCAGGCUCACUGUGUGGAGUUGACAUGUUUUCCCUAUGUCUGUGUGGGUUUUCUCCAGGUCCUGGGGUUUCCUCCCACAUCCCAAAGCUUUGCCCAUUAGAUGCAUUGGUGUGUCUACAUGGUGCCUGUCUGAGAGAGUGGGUGGGUGUAUGUGUGCCCUUUGACAGGACUGCAUCCUGUCCAGGGCUGGUUCCUGCCUUGUACCCUCAGCUGCUGGGACAGGAUCUGGUCAACCGUGACCCUGAACUGGAAUAUGCAGUUUCCAGAACCUACAGAGGACAUUAAGUGAGGACUUACUGUAUAUAGGUGGUUGUGAUUGUGAAGGAUUAAAUGAGGUAAUGUGUGUGAAGCACUCAGGACAGUGCCUAGCACCUGGUAAGUGUCCAUGAAUUGGAGGCUAUUAUUGCUGUAAUAAGGAAAUUCAUACACAUUAAAAUGGCUAAGAAAGUUCAUUUUAAAUAACCGUAACAUGCACAUUUAUAUUGCUUUCUCGGAUGAUCUUGCUAUUCUCUAUUUCAGAGGAAGUCCGUGGAGAAGCCUGCCUGUUAGUUGUCUAGGGGUCAGGUGGCUUCUUGGCAGUACAUAUUACAUGAUAAACAUUGACUUAAUAUGGGCCAUAACCACAAGGUAGAAAAUAGGGAAACAGGGAGUGGAAAAACCACAGUGACCUCCUUUCCUAGAGAGAGACCAAAAUAUUAACCGCUGUAAACCUCUCAUGUUACAGUUCGAACACAUCUUAAUAAAUGAUUAAAUCCACUCUCUCAUUUCAUAAGUGGGGAAUUGAAGCCCCCAUAAAAGUUAGGGGCAGAACUAUGACUAUACUCAGACCACUCUUUCCCUGUAUAUUAUAUAUACCUUUUAUUAUGAAAAAUUUCAAAAAUCACAGAAAUACAAAGACUAGAACAAUUCACACCUAUGUACUCAUCAUCCAGCUUUAAUAACAAUCAAACUGUUACCUCUCUUAAAAAAACAGCUUUGAAUCUGAGUCUGGUGUCAUUUAUACUCCUUCACAGAGAUGUUCAGAACCAGUAUCUUAGAGCACAUCCCCCAGGCAAAGAAAUGUAGCAAUAAAAAGAGAAGGACAUAGCAUGAGAAAAAAAGGCAGGCUGUCAACCAAUGCCUAAAAUGUAGAAAGUUCUCUCAAGUUGUUUUUACAAUAGUCUGGAAAACACAGUCUCAUUCUGAAAGGACACUGUUCCUUUAAAUUGCUUACUGAUCCCACCCAGAUCUUGCACCCUGGCCAAAUGCCUGACCACUCUUGCUUUGACUUAGUCGAAUAAACAUGAACAAAAGACUGCAAAAGAUCCUAAAGCAAAGACACUUUUAUUUCCCACAGAACAGAACAAUAUCAAAUAGCUAACUUCACCCCCAACCACAGUCCUUGCUGUUGGCAUUUACUCAACUAGUCUUUAAUUCCUGUUUGACAAACUUUAUAAGGUGCUACAAGACAGAUGAUUUUUCACCAUCUACCAUAAUGUGGAACAGAUAUUUUGUCUUCUAUCUCCUGCUUUUGUCAGCAUUUACGAGUCAAACAGUAUCCGGACAAAGAAAGAAAGGACCAAAAUCAAAUUUGCUUGCAAGGAAAAGUGAUGUCCAGGGCUCCAUUUGUUUCAUAGAUAUUGUCUUCAUCGUGGACAGCUCUGAAAGUUCUAAAAUUGUCCUCUUUGAUAAACAGAAAGAUUUCGUGGAUAGCUUGAGUGACAAGAUUUUCCAAUUGACUCCUGGUCGCUCCUUGGAAUAUGACAUCAAACUGGCAGCCCUUCAGUUUAGCAGCUCUGUCCAAAUUGAUCCACCUUUUUCUUCCUGGAAGGACCUGCAGACAUUUAAGCAGAAGGUCAAGUCUAUGAAUUUAAUAGGGCAAGGUACCUUCUCUUAUUAUGCCAUUUCCAAUGCCACUAGGCUACUUAAGAGAGAAGGGCGUAAGGAUGGUGUGAAAGUGGUUUUGCUGAUGACUGAUGGCAUCGACCAUCCAAAGAAUCCAGAUGUUCAAAGUAUUUCUGAAGAUGCCAGAAUUUCAGGAAUAUCAUUUAUCACCAUUGGACUUUCUACGGUAGUCAAUGAAGCCAAACUUCGUUUGAUUUCUGGGGAUUCAUCCAGUGAACCCACUUUACUGUUGAGUGAUCCAACCCUUGUAGAUAAAAUUCAAGAUCGUCUGGAUAUCUUAUUUGAAAAGAAGUGUGAACGCAAGAUUUGUGAAUGUGAGAAGGGAGAUCCAGGUGAUCCAGGGCCUCCUGGUACACAUGGAAAUCCAGGUAUCAAAGGUGAGCGAGGACCAAAAGGAAACCCGGGCAACGCUCAAAAAGGAGAAGCUGGAGAAAGAGGUCCAGGGGGAAUUCCUGGGUACAAGGGUGACAAGGGUGAACGUGGGGAAUGUGGUAAACCAGGAAUGAAAGGUGACAAGGGAUCCCCAGGGCCAUACGGACCAAAGGGACCCAGAGGAAUUCAGGGAAUUAGUGGACCUCCAGGAGACCCAGGCCCAAAGGGAUUUCAAGGCAAUAAGGGUGAGCCAGGUCCUCCUGGUCCUUAUGGUUCUCCAGGAGCUCCUGGAAUUGGACAGCAAGGUAUUAAGGGAGAAAGAGGCCAAGAAGGAAGACCGGGAGCUCCAGGACCCAUUGGAGUUGGUGAGCCUGGACAGCCAGGUCCCCGUGGUCCUGAGGGAGUACCAGGAGAGAGGGGCUUACCCGGAGAAGGAUUUCCAGGACCAAAGGGUGAAAAAGGUUCUGAAGGACCAACUGGCCCACAGGGAUUACAAGGCCUGUCAAUCAAAGGGGACAAGGGGGAUAUGGGACCUGUGGGACCCCAAGGACCAAUGGGUAUCCCUGGAAUCGGGAGUCAAGGGGAACAGGGAAUCCAAGGUCCUAUUGGUCUACCUGGUCCACAAGGGCCCCCAGGACAGGGCUUACCUGGUUCCAAGGGAGAAGUAGGCCAAAUGGGACCCACAGGCCCUCGAGGACCAGUGGGAAUUGGAGUACAAGGUCCAAAGGGAGAGCCAGGCUCAAUAGGGCUCCCAGGACAACCAGGAGUACCAGGAGAAGAUGGAGCUGCAGGGAAGAAGGGAGAAGCGGGGCUUCCGGGAGCAAGAGGCCCAGAAGGACCAUCUGGAAAAGGACAGCCUGGCCCCAAGGGUGACGAAGGCAAGAAAGGGAGCAAAGGAAAUCAAGGACAGAGGGGACUUCCAGGGCCCGAAGGACCAAAGGGUGAACCGGGCAUUAUGGGCCCUUUUGGAAUGCCUGGAACAUCAAUUCCUGGACCACCUGGGCCAAAGGGAGAUAGAGGAGGACCUGGGAUACCUGGAUUUAAGGGAGAACCUGGACUUUCUAUUCGAGGACCAAAGGGUGUCCAAGGCCCUCGGGGACCAGUGGGUGCUCCAGGACUCAAAGGUGAUGGCUAUCCUGGUGUGCCUGGACCUCGUGGAUUACCAGGACCCCCUGGGCCGAUGGGUUUACGUGGAGUGGGAGACACGGGAGCAAAGGGAGAGCCUGGGGUCAGAGGCCCUCCAGGUCCUUCUGGGCCUCGGGGCGUAGGAACCCAAGGGCCAAAGGGUGAUACUGGGCAGAAAGGCUUGCCUGGCCCUCCUGGCCCCCCUGGCUAUGGAUCACAGGGAAUUAAAGGGGAACAAGGACCACAAGGCUUCCCAGGCCCAAAGGGCACAAUGGGCCAUGGCCUCCCAGGCCAGAAGGGAGAGCACGGAGAACGGGGCGAUGUGGGAAAGAAAGGUGAUAAAGGAGAAAUUGGAGAGCCUGGAUCUCCAGGAAAACAGGGUUUACAAGGACCCAAAGGAGACCUAGGACUUACAAAAGAAGAAAUUAUCAAACUUAUUACAGAAAUAUGUGGUUGUGGGCCCAAAUGCAAAGAGACUCCACUAGAGCUGGUGUUUGUGAUCGACAGCUCAGAAAGCGUGGGGCCAGAGAACUUUCAGAUCAUUAAAAAUUUCGUGAAGACUAUGGCUGACCGGGUUGCUCUGGACCUUGCCACGGCCCGCAUAGGCAUAAUCAACUAUAGCCAUAAGGUGGAGAAGGUGGCUAAUUUGAAGCAGUUCUCCAGCAAGGAUGACUUCAAGUUGGCUGUGGACAACAUGCAGUAUCUGGGGGAAGGCACAUACACAGCCACUGCUCUGCAAGCAGCCAACGACAUGUUUGAAGAUGCAAGGCCAGGUGUAAAAAAAGUGGCCUUGGUCAUCACUGAUGGACAGACAGAUUCUCGUGAUAAAGAGAAACUGACAGAGGUGGUGAAGAAUGCCAGUGACACCAAUGUGGAGAUAUUUGUGAUAGGGGUGGUGAAGAAAAAUGAUCCCAACUUUGAAAUAUUCCACAAAGAAAUGAAUCUAAUUGCUACUGACCCAGAGCAUGUUUACCAGUUUGACGAUUUCUUUACCCUGCAAGACACCCUGAAGCAAAAAUUGUUUCAAAAAAUUUGUGAGGAUUUUGAUUCCUAUCUCGUUCAAAUUUUUGGUUCAUCAUCACCUCAACCUGGAUUUGGGAUGUCAGGGGAAGAACUCAGUCAAUCUACUCCAGAGCCUCAAAAAGAAAUUUCUGAGUCAUUGAGUGUCACCAGAGACCAGGAUGAAGAUGAUAAGGCUCCAGAGCCAACCUGGGCUGAUGAUCUGCCUGCCACUACCUCAUCUGAGGCCACCACCACCCCCAGGCCACUGCUCAGCAGCCCUGUGGAUGGGGCAGAGGAUCCUAGAUGUUUGGAAGCCUUGAAGCCUGGAAACUGUGGUGAAUAUGUGGUUCGAUGGUAUUAUGACAAACAGGUCAACUCUUGUGCCCGAUUUUGGUUCAGUGGCUGUAAUGGCUCAGGAAAUAGAUUCAACAGUGAAAAGGAAUGUCAAGAAACCUGCAUUCAAGGAUGAGCAAGUAAAUUGGCCUGUCCCUAUCAAAAGCAUAGAACUCCCUAAUUUCCACAUAUUCACCCAAUACAAAUACAGCACUAUAUUUGAGUGUAUACUGAGUAUUUACAACUUAUACAUGUAAUUGAAUUCUCACUACAGCCCUCGGAUGUACAUAUUAUUAACCACCUAUAUAGGUAAGAAAGCUGAGGCUCUGAGAAGUUUAGUAACUUGUCAACUGUCACCCAACUAAAAAGUUUCUGAGCUGAGGAUUUAGACUUAGAGCUGUGUAACUUCAAUACACAGACUCUAUCUACUUCACAACCUGCAAUGUGAUUCUGAUUCCUUUAAUUCCUGUUGUAUGUACUAUGUCAGCUCAAACCCCUACCCCUGUCCCUGCCCAUACCUCCACCCACUCACCUCCCUAACCUCCUUAUGUCCCUGACAGUAGCAAGACGUAGGUGAUAGGAAGGACUUUGGUGUGGGAAUUAGAAAUGAUGUAAAUGUUUACGCAGGAGUGCUGGGAUAGCAGUCGGGAUGGUGAGGGUAGUUAGAUUUUUGCCUCACUUGCCCUGAAAGUGGUAAUAGGGAGAAACCAAUCUGAAUUACAAUUACUUAAAUGUAUCACAAACUGUCACUUUGUAUUCCUCCAACAUGUUUGGUAACAAGUGUUUAAUGUAUGUUAAAACAAAGAAGCUUUUUAUACCCUUCCAUUAAAAUAUGUCAGUGGGCCCUUCCAUUUUAUGGAGUGGAAUGGGAAGGCCCUUGACAGCCAGGAACCACUUGAAGUUGGCAUCCACUCUUGAACAGUGUGUAUUAAAGACAGGAUUCACACUGAAAAGUGAGCCACCAAAUUGAAAUGCGAGUAAUGGAGAGUAACGGAGAAUUGACUCUGUCAUUUUAUAAUACUUUUGCAAGAUCAUGUCUGGGAAGAGCAUUAGUUCUGAGCUGAGUUCAGACAGCACUUGCAUAUUUCUUUCUUUUUCUUUUUCUUUUUUUUUUUUCCAGACAGAAUCUUGCUCUGUCACCCAGGCUGGAGUGCAGUGGGAAAAUCUCAGCUCACUGCAACCUCCCGCUCCUGGGUUCAAGCGAUUCUCCUGCCUCAACCUCCUGGGUAGCUGGGAUUACAAGCAUGCGCCACCAUGCCCAGCUAAUUUUUGUAUUCUUAGCAGAGACAAAGUUUCACCAUGUUGGUCAGGCUGGUCACGAACUCUUGACCUCGUGAUCCACCUGCCUUGGCCUCCCAAAGUGCUGAGAUUACAGGCUUGAGCCACCCCGCCCGGCCACAUAUUUCAUCUUACAAAACACUUUCUCAGCUGGGCGCUGUGGCUCACGCCUGUAAUCCCAGCACUUUGGAAGGCCGAGGUGGGCGGAUCACCUGAGGUCAGGAGUUUGAGAACAGCCUGGCCAACAUGGUAAAACCCCGUCUCUACUAAGAAUACAAAAAUUAGCCAGGCCUGGUGGUGUGCACCUGUAAUCCCAGUUACCCAGGAGGCUGAGGCAGGAGAAUCGCUUGACCCUGGGAGGCAGAGGUUGCAGAGAGCCAAGAUUGCCCCACUGCACUCCAGCCUGGGUGACACAGCAAGACUCUGUCUCAAAACAAAAACAAAAACAAAAAACAAAAUACUUUCUCCUUCUAUCAGGUCUACCCUCAUUCAAUUCAACAGUGCAAAAAAGAGCACUCAAGGAAGAAGGAGAUGGAAGAAUAGCCAUCUUGGCAGACAUAAUGAUAUGUAUAAUUUUUUUAUUUAAUUAAAAUUGUAUUAUGUAAUAUUUGAUACUACAAAAGAAGAUAAUGCAACAUGUUUGUCAAUUUUUUUUUAUUAUACUUUAAGUUUUAGGGUACAUGUGCACAACGUGCAGGUUUGUUACAUAUGUAUACAUGUGCCAUGUUGGUGUGCUGCACCCAUUAACUCGUCAUUUAACAUUAGGUAUAUUUCCUAAUGCUAUCCCUCCCCACUCCCCCCACUCCACAACAGGCCCCAGUGUGUGAUGUUCCCCUUCCUGUGUCCAUGUGUUCUCAUUGUUCAAUUCCCACCUGUGAGUGAGAACAUGCGGUGUUUGGUUUUUUGUCCUUGUGACAGUUUGCUGAGAAUGAUGGUUUCCAGCUUCAUCCAUGUCCCUACAAAGGACAUGAACUCAUCAUUUUUUAUGGCUGCAUAGUAUUCUGUGGUGUAUAUGUAACAUGCUUGUCAAUUUAAAAACAUGAUAAGAUGAACACCAGUGAACACAUCACCUAGAGAAUGAAGCAAACAUCAAAAAUUCUAUUGAAGCUUCCCGUGUGGCCCUCCGCCAUCCCAGCUCUCUAUUCCAUGCCAGGGAUAUCCCAUUUUGAACUUCGUAUUUACCAUGUCAAUGUGCUGUUGACUUUUAUAGGUAAUUUUACCUGUAAAACUCUAUAUAUCUCUAUGUGUUGCUAAACAAUAAAUAUUUAGCCUUGCUUAUUUUA